GAGGCAGGAGGAGUAGCUGCCUUUAAGCAGAUUAACUGUAGCAUGUAGACGGGUAGUCUCCAUUCACUAAUAGACCUAGACUGUUUUAUGUAUGUGAACUGCAGUUCAAGUGAGAAGUUGCUAGUAAGAGAGAGAGCCCAUGCUUGAAGAAUUUCUACUGUAGUUGUUUAGAGAAAAGUCUGGCUGGAUAUAUAGCAGUUGUAAAUUAACAAGUAAGUCCUAUGGAUGAGUGUAUACAUUGUUAAUGUAAAUUAGACACAGUUCUUCCGUUACUUGUCCAGGAGGAGACUGUGCUGCAGAGAAGAGAGACUAGGACAGUCAGAGGCUGUUGUCUGGACAACAACUUCUUCACAUCCUCACCAAAGCUGCCUUGAAGAAUCACCAUGAAAGAAAGCUAUUCUGGAUACGAGAACCAUCUCUUUAAAGAGGAUGAUCUUACUGGGGAAGAGGAAGAGAUGCCUUCCUUUAGAGGAAGAACCAGAGGUGGCUGUGUGAAAUGCCAGCAGACAUGUUCUCUGCAGCUGGCCGUCAAAGUGCUCUACGGUUUCUUUGCCUUCCUCAUCAUAGCAGUGGCAGUGCUGGCAUCACUAGUAUUUAGGAAGGUCGACAACUUAUCAGAAGAGGAAUCCUUUUAUCAUAAGAAGAUUACUAAGGUCCAGGAAAGUAUACAAGAUCUCAGCACUACCAGCAACUGCUCUGACUGCUUCGACAUGGCCCACUUCAGCGAGGAGAUCAGUAGGCUGAAGAGGGAGUUUGAGGAUCUCCAGAAAAUGAUCCUGGGACAGGAGCAGGUCCUGGACCAGGCCUCCCAGACCCAGCAGACCCUGAGGACAGCCAGCAGCAGGAUGACACGAGACAUGCAGAACUACUCCCUGUCCAUCAGGCUCAUCAACCAGUCCCUGGAGCGUUACUUAGACCAGGUGGACGGAUGGAAGGCGGUCAUCACCGAGACGGACGAGAGCAUGAAGACUCUGUCUCAGGAUCAGUAUGACCUCAAGGCCACCGUGAAUCAGGUCAAUACCACAGUGGCCCUCAGCUCCUUGUGGAUGGACGCCCUGCAGAGGAAGACCAAUGAGGAGACACUGGUCCUGCAGAAGAUGACAGCGGACUGGCAGAACUACAGCCGGGUGUUGAGCGGUCUGAAGUCCAACUCCAGCACCACCACUCAGACGGUGAGAAGCAUCCAGAGUGGGAUCUCGGCCACGCACCAGAGGAUCAGCAUGAGCUCGGAGAUGGUGCACGACCUCACCCUGCAGGUGAUGAACCUGCAGAUGCAGCUGGACAAUGUCACCUCCUUCAUGGACGAGCACGAGGAGAACAUGCACGACCUGCACUACCAUUCCAAGUACUACCAGAACCGGACGGGUGAGAGGUUUGUCACCCUGGAUGCUCGCAUGGACUCCAUCGAGAUGGAGAUCGACACCAUCUCGUCCAGCAUCAACGCCACGGUGAGCCACGUGCAGAGCAUGUACAAGUACAUCAACAUCGAAAGCACAUCGUGCCAGACGCGGAUGAGUAGCCACACGGAGGACCUGCAGAACCUGAACAACACGGUGCUGCUGCUGAUGCACCUGGUUGACAUCCUGAGGCAGCGGUACGUGCUGCUGAUCGUCCGUCUAGACAUGGACGUCAGGAAUCUGUCCAUGGUCAUGGAGGAGAUGAAGCUAGUGGACACGCACCACACCCAGCUCAUCCAGAACUUCACCAUUCUCAAAGGUGCACCGGGCCCACCUGGUCCAAAGGGGAACAGAGGGGAAGGAGGAGGCAAAGGUCCAGUUGGCCUGACAGGAAACAAAGGAGACAAGGGCCCAGCAGGGAACCGUGGUCCUCUGGGAGAGAAGGGCCCCAUCGGGCCUAAAGGAGCCCAGGGGGAGCCAGGACCAACAGGGGCCAGAGGCGGAGUGGGCUUCAAAGGGGCGAAGGGUUCUCUGGGUCAACCAGGCCCACGCGGCGAGAGAGGUGAGAAGGGAGACAUGGGUACUAUUGGUAAGGAUGGAAUACCAGGCCCCAAAGGGCCACCAGGAAUACAGGGCCAAGCAGGGCUCCCAGGGAUCCACGGGCUGCCUGGCCCAAGAGGCAAGCCAGGGCCUGUUGGUCCACACGGGCCUCCCGGAACCCCUGGCCCACCAGGUCUGCCAGCUUACCCAGCCACGGUGUCUUGAGGGGCCUCUGGGGUCUGAUCACAACAAGGACAGGACAAGCCUCCAUUGGACGUGGUAAUGUAUUGGCAGCCUGGCAAAGGGAUGGAGUGUGAUUGAAGAGGAUGGAAUGAAUGGAGCAUGGAAUAGUUCAAUCUCAAGCUUUCCCCUUCAUGUUACUCCAUUGUUUUCAUUGGACACCCCAUGCUUUUGAGCAUAUACACACAGCCCAUGUUCAGGUAUGAAGGGGUGUAAAGGAGAAAAUGAAAGAUAACAAAAAGACUUGAGUUUAAAAAGAUGCAUUGCAAGUUUUCAGUAUCAUAUACAGCUGAAUGUAUGUUUGAAGGAGCCAGAAAACCCACAUAGGGUAUUCAUAAAGGUCUAGGUUUACAAUGCCAUGCACUUUCAUGAGGGUACAGUUAAAUAACGAUAGAGUUUUACACAAAUUUGUGAAACAUUGAUACGUGAAAUUCUAUUCAAUGGCACUUAUUGGUUUUAUAAAGUGUAGAAACUACAGUCUGUUUUUAUGUGUUUGCUUUUGCAUCUUUUAUGUUUCGGAGCAGGUUCUCUGAAUACUGACUGAAGUUCAGGUGAUUAAACAGGUCAUAGAGUGUAAUGGUAAGGAAUGAAUGAAAUUGCUGAAGAACCAAAAGUAUCUGCUUAGGUACACAACUAUGGAUGUAUUGUAUGUUAGUCAGUAAUUGAACAUUUCCUGAAUGACUUAAAAAGGUACGGUUUUGAAAUAUACAGCUCUGGAAAAAAAUUAAGAGACCACUGCAAUUCUUUCUUAAAUCAGCAUCUCUACAUGUAUGACAGCC